AUGGAGAGCCCCCCCGAGGUGCCAGCAGUGGAUGUGGACAAGGGCCUGGCCAUGGCCUUCGUGGUGCUGACCUUCCUCUUCCUCCUGGCCAUGCUGGUUCGCUGCCUCAGGCUCAUCGUGGACCCCUACACGCCGCCGGCACCGCCCCCUCGGCGCAUGCGCAGCGCCGCCCCGCGCCUCCUCCGCCGCCGGGGGUGGGCGGAGCUUCUGCCGGAAGUGACAUCGAGCAGCUUCCGGUUUGCGGCCUUCCCCGCCCCCUGCGCCGCCGCCGCCGCCGCCGCUGCCGUCUCCGUUCUCCUCCUGCGCCCCCCGGCCGCGAGAGCUUUCCCCUCCCAGCCCCGGGGCGGCGCCGCCGCUGGGGGGCGCCAGGCGGCCAUGGCCUCCCGGGAGGUGCAGGAGCUGCAGCAGGAGAAGGAGGAGGAGGUGGCCAAGGUCGAUCGCCUCUUCGACGACGCCUCCAGGGCCAUUGACAAGUGUGAGCUGCUGGUGAAGGAUCUCUACUCCAGGCUGGGGCUGCAGUACAGGGACAGCAGCUCCGAGGAUGAGGACUCCGCUGCCAGGGCCAUGGAGGUCAUCGAGAUCCCGGAUGAGGAGGAGGAGGAGGAGGAGGUCCUGAGCCUGGAGCCAGGCUGGAGGCACACCAGCAGCAACCCCAAGGUCAGCAAGGAUCAGAACCUGCUGAGGGAGGCCAUGGCUGCUAUGAGGAGGUCUGCCCAGGAUGUGCAGAAGUUCAUGGAUGCUGUCACCAAGAAGGCAAAUGGCCAAGAGGCACAGAGAGCCUCACAGCCCCCUCAGGAGGCUCCUGGCCCUGCCCAGCCCCUGGGCUCUGCAGCAGCUGGCAGUGAGCUCAGCAAGGAUGGAGACCUGAACCUGGGCAUGAGGAUCCUGGGCAAGAAGAGAACCAAGACCUGGCACAAGGGGACCCUCAUUGCCAUCCAGACCGUGGGGGCUGCCAGGAAGUACAAGGUGAAGUUUGACAACAAGGGGAAGAGUUUGCUGUCUGGCAACCACAUUGCCUACGACUACCACCCCCUGCCCGACAGGCACCACGUGGGCAGCAGGGUGGUGGCCAAGUACAAGGACAGGAACCAGGUGUGGCUCUAUGCUGGCAUCGUGGCUGAGACCCCCAACGUCAAGAACAAGGACAGGUUCCUGAUCUUCUUCGACGAUGGCUACGCCUCCUACGUGAAGGAGUGGGAGCUGUACCCUGUCUGCAGGCCCUUGAAGAAGGCCUGGGAGGACAUCGAGGACGUCUCCUGCCGCGACUUCAUCGAGGAGUACAUCACAGCCUACCCCAACAGGCCCAUGGUGCUGCUCAAGGCUGGGCAGCUGAUCAAGACUGAGUGGGAAGGCACCUGGUGGAAGUCCAGGGUGGAAGAAGUGGAUGGCAGCCUGGUCAAGAUCCUCUUCAUGGUAGGAGAAUUGCCUCCCCCCCCCGCUGCCUCCCCCCUGCAGGACGACAAACGCUGCGAGUGGAUCUACCGCGGCUCCACGCGCCUGGAGCCCAUGUUCAGCAUGAAGACCUCCACGGCCUCCACCCAGGAGAAGAAGCAGAGUGGGCAGGCCAGGACCCGGCCCAACGUCGGUGCUGUCAGGAGCAAAGGGCCUGUGGUGCAGUACACUCAGGACCUGACUGGAGCUGGGACCCAGUACAAACCCUCAGAGCAGCUGCAGCCCCCCCAGGCUGCCCAGGACCCUCCUCCCCAGCCUGCAGAGAUGGAGUGCUCUGAGAGCCAGCUAGCCCAGGCCAGGAAGCAGGUGGCCAAGAAGAGCACCUCCUUCCGCCCCGGCUCGGGCUGCUCCGGGCAGUCCUCGCCCUCGCCGCCGGUGCCCAGCGACCCUCUGCCCCCGGCCAGGGCCGGCCUGGGCCAGCAGCAGCAGCGCCUCCCCCUGAGCUGCGCCGCCCCUCCUCCUCCUCCUCCCUUCCAGGGCAUGCUGGACCGGGUGCCCACGGAGCCCUCCUACCGCGCCCCGCUGGAGAAGCUCUUCUACCUGCCGCACGUCUGCAGCUACAGCUGCCUGGCGCGGGUGCGGCCGCUGCGGGCGCAGCAGUACCGCAGCCGCAACCCCCUGCUGAUCCCCCUGCUCUACGACUUCCGCCGCAUGACGGCGCGGCGCCGCCUCAACCGCAAGCUGGGCUUCCACGUCCUCUACAAGACCCCCUGCGGGCUGUGCCUGCGCAGCAUGCCGGAGAUCGAGCGCUACCUCUUCGAGACCGACUGCGACUUCCUCUUCCUGGAGAUGUUCUGCCUGGACCCCUACGUGCUGGUGGACCGCAAGUUCCAGCCCUACAAACCCUUCUACUACAUCGCCGACAUCACCAAGGGCCGGGAGGACGUGCCCCUCUCCUGCGUCAACGAGAUCGACGGCACCCCGCCCCCCCAGGUGGCCUACAGCAAGGAGAGGAUCCCCGGCAAGGGAGUCUACAUCAACACCAGCUGGGAGUUCCUGGUGGGCUGCGACUGCAAGGACGGCUGCAGGGACAAGUAA